AAAUGCCCGGAGGGGCGGGAGCCGGCGCUAGAAGCUAGGAGCUGCUCGGGGCGGCGGCGAGCCCAGGGCCGGUGCCGGAGCCAGCCCCUCGGCGGCUGGACACGUCUGCGAGCGCCGCUUCCCCCCUCCACCGCCGCGGGCCUGGCGAGGAGGUGGGCGGCGGAGCGAAGCUGGCUGCGGCUGGAGGAACGAGCAGCCGCCGCCGGAGGGGCCAACAGACCUGGAAGAAAGACUUUGCCUUGGAUCUAACUGCUGAGCACUUUGAGAUCAGUCACCAUGAAGUGUGUAGUAGUGGAGUGGCUCCCAGUAACAGCCUUGCUAUGCCUGGCUCAAGCGCUUUCUGCCCUGGUUCUCCCCAAUGCCACGCUCCUAGAGGAACUGUUGGAAAAGUACAUGGAUGAAGAUGGUGAGUGGUGGAUCGCCAAGCAGAGAGGGAAAAGGGCUAUCACAGACAGUGAUAUGCAGAGUAUCUUGGAUCUUCAUAAUAAAUUACGGGGUCAGGUGUAUCCACCAGCUUCCAAUAUGGAAUAUAUGAGGUGGGACACGGAGCUGGAGAGAUCUGCAGAGUCGUGGGCUGAAAGCUGCCUCUGGGAGCAUGGCCCUGCCAGCCUUCUCCCAUCCAUUGGGCAGAAUCUGGGGGCACACUGGGGAAGGUACAGACCUCCAACAUUUCAUGUCCAAGCAUGGUAUGAUGAAGUGAGAGAUUUCACCUACCCCCAUCCUCAGGAGUGCAACCCAUAUUGUCCUUACAAAUGCUCUGGCCCUGUUUGCACACAUUACACACAGGUCGUGUGGGCCACGAGUAGCAGAAUUGGUUGUGCAAUUAAUUUGUGUCAUAACAUGAACAUCUGGGGGCAGAUUUGGCCCAAAGCAGUCUAUCUGGUGUGCAAUUAUUCUCCCAAGGGGAACUGGUGGGGCCAUGCUCCUUACAAACCUGGCCGCCCCUGCUCUGCCUGCCCCCCGAGCUUUGGAGGAGGCUGCAGAGAAAACCUUUGUUACAGAGCAGAGGACUCAGCCAGACCUUAUUCUCCCCGGGAACCAGAGGAGGAAACCAACGAGAUCGAACGGCAGCGAUCCAGAGCCCAGGAUGCCAUGGCACAAAGCUGGCCCAGAGCUCAGCCUCCUUCUGCAGGCUCCACAGGCACUGAAGACAGUGAGAGAAAUGAAGUCAUAAGCACACAGCAAAUGUCUCAGAUUGUUUCAUGUGAAGUCAGGCUAAGGGAUCAGUGCAAAGGAACAACUUGCAAUAGGUACGAAUGUCCUGCUGGCUGCUUGGACAGCAAAGCCAAAGUUAUUGGGAGUGUACAUUAUGAAAUGCAAUCCAGUAUCUGCAAAGCUGCCAUACACUAUGGCAUCCUGGACAAUGAAGGUGGCUGGGUGGAUGUCACCAGGCAGGGGAGGAAGAACUACUUCAUCAAGUCGUACAGAAAUGGCAUUCAGUCCCUGGGCAAAUACCAGUCUGCCAAUUCCUUCACUGUCUCCAAAGUAACAGUGCAAGCCAUCACCUGUGAAGCAACAGUGGAGCAGCUGUGCCCGUUUCAGAAACCAGCCUCACAUUGUCCAAGGGUGUACUGCCCUCACAACUGCCUGCAGGCCAGUCCCCACUACGCUCGUGUCAUCGGCACCCAGGUCUACUCUGACCUCUCCAGCAUCUGCCGGGCAGCGCUGCACGCCGGUGUGAUCCCCAGCCAGGGUGGCUAUGUGGAUGUCAUGCCAGUGGACAAGAGGAAGGUCUAUGUGGCCUCUUUUCAGAAUGGGAUAUCCUCAGAAAGUUUACAGAACCCUCCAGGCAGCAAGGCCUUCAGAGUGUUUGCUGUGGUGUGAGUCCAGCAGGUGAUGUGUCCAGCGAGCCAGUGACACCAGGGCAGCUUGGAAGAGGAGAAGAAGAAAGACCAUUUCCUCCCCUUCCAAACA